UUUGGGAAAGAAAAGCAGCAAAUGCCAUGCCUUGUUAUAUUCUGAAGAGAUGGUGUCAGAGAGAAAAAUCAAAUCAGAUGGUGAUCAGAUUAGUGCUCAAAUCAGAUGGUGAUCAGAUUAGUGCUGUCAUUGUCAGUAGUGGGGGGCAUGUGGCCCUUGCUUUGCUUGCCAAUUCACCAAGAACCCAUCUUGGAAUUCUAUAUUAAGCCAUGAUUACACACACCCAUUUACUUACUUCGUCUGCAAUACUCUGUUUUCUGGUAUAGUAGGCAGGGCAGCUGAAAAAAAUGGCUGGGAGGGAAGAAGAUGUGAAGGUGGGAGCAAGCAAGUACUCAGAGAGGCAGGCUCUGGGGACAUCUGCCCAGACUCAAGAGAAGGACUACAAGGAAGCAGCCCCUGCUCCCCUGUUUGAGCCAGAGGAGCUCAGAUCAUGGUCCUUCUGGAGGGCAGGAAUAGCAGAGUUUGUGGCCACAUUUCUGUUCCUCUACAUUACAAUCCUCACUGUAAUGGGGGUAAAGAGAUCACCCAAUAUGUGCCAGUCUGUGGGUAUCCAGGGCAUUGCUUGGGCUUUUGGUGGUAUGAUAUUUGCCCUUGUUUACUGCACUGCAGGCAUUUCAGGAGGGCAUAUAAACCCUGCAGUUACCUUUGGCCUGUUCCUAGCUAGGAAAGUGUCCUUGCCAAGGGCAUUGCUGUACAUGAUAUGCCAAUGCCUUGGGGCCAUCUGUGGUGCAGGGGUUGUGAAGGGGUUUGAGAAGAGCAUGUAUGAAGUACAGGGAGGAGGGGCCAAUCUGGUGGCUCAUGGCUAUACUAAGGGAGAUGGAUUGGGGGCAGAAAUUGUGGGUACUUUUGUCCUGGUUUACACUGUGUUCUCUGCCACAGAUGCUAAGAGGAGUGCCAGGGACUCACAUGUGCCAGUCCUGGCACCUCUGCCUAUAGGGUUUGCUGUGUUUUUGGUGCAUUUGGCCACCAUUCCUAUAACAGGGACUGGGAUAAACCCAGCUAGGAGCUUGGGUGCUGCUAUCAUUUAUGACAAGAACCAUGCCUGGGAUGAUCACUGGAUUUUCUGGGUGGGACCCUUUACUGGAGCUGCUCUCGCUGCCAUUUACCACCAGCUCAUCAUCCGCGCCAUUCCAUUCAAGUCUAGGUCUUAGAGAAUGUUCAGAGCCUUUUCUGCUGUGUGUUAUACCAUGGCUGUGCUGUAUCUGUGUUGUACAUGGUAUCUGUUUUAAGAUAAUUAUGUUUAGUUGCAGUUGCAGUUGCAGUUGCAGAGAGAGGAUUAUGUAGUUUUUCAGAAUGUUGUUUGUGGGUCUGUUAUUUCUAUGUAAUUUAAAGUUAUUCUACCUGUUAACUUUGCCA